AUGACAAUCACCGUCGGCGUGUUGGCCCUACAAGGCGCCUUCUUGGAACAUCUGAUACUGCUGCAGAAAGCGGCUGAUUACUUGCGGCACGAGGGCGCUGCCGCCUCGUUCGAGUUUACAGAAGUCAGGAACGCAAAAGACUUGGCUCGUUGUGAUGCCUUGAUCAUUCCUGGCGGCGAAAGUACAACCAUUUCCCUCGUCGCCGCUCAGUCGGGUCUGCUGGAACCGCUCCGGGAGUUCGUCAAAGUCAACCGGAAACCAACUUGGGGAACUUGCGCCGGCUUGAUCCUGCUUGCCGAGGCGGCUAACGCUACUAAAAAGGGCGGCCAGGAACUAAUUGGGGGCCUGGACGUACGGGUGAACCGUAACCAUUUUGGACGACAAGUAGAAAGCUUCCAAGCCGAUCUUGACUUGCCCUUCUUGCAAACCAAUGGCGCAGUCGACAACACGCCCUUCCCCGGCGUUUUCAUUCGCGCUCCCGUUGUCGAAAAGAUCCUUCCCAAUGUGGAAGGAAUUCAGGAAGGCGAACAACAGCUUGCAGAGACCGUCGUCGCCCCACACAAGUCUGCCAAAGACGAGCACGCCCGGCAGGCCAUGAGUUCUCAUGUUGACAUCAUGGGCAAAUUGCCCGGUCGCUUGAAGAAAGCAGCUGGCAUGGGCGCUGACGUACACACUGUGGAGGAUGUGGGGGAUAUCAUUGCCGUCAAGCAAGGCAAUGUCUUCGGUACCAGCUUCCAUCCUGAAUUGACCUCGGACAUCCGAAUCCAUGUGUGGUGGUUAAGGCAAGUUUUGGAUGUGGUCGGUACGGCGAAUGGAGUUUCAUGA